AUGAUAUACCUUCAGCCCACCGACCUCAACCGCCUCAACGUCGUCCACGUUGCCGGAACAAAAGGCAAAGGAUCAACCUGCGCAUUCGUAAACUCGAUCCUCAACCGCUACCGCGCAUACAUCGGCGCACCACGCAAAAUCGGCCUCUACACCUCCCCGCAUCUCAUAACCGUGCGCGAAAGAAUCCAGAUAAACUCACAGCCUAUAUCCGAGGAACUAUUCACGAAAUACUUCUUCGAAGUAUGGAAUGCGCUCGAGGAAUCCGCGGUGCGGGACGGGUUUGACCCGUCGAUUUUGAAGCCAACGUACUUCCGGUUCCUGACCUUGUUAUCUCUCCACGUGUUUAUGAGGGAGGGCGUUGAUGUCGCCGUUUAUGAAGUCGGUGUUGGCGGCGAGAAUGACUCGACGAAUGUUUUUGAGAAGCCUGUUGUGUCUGGUAUCACGUCGUUGGGGAUUGAUCAUGUAGGUGUGCUGGGUCAUACGAUUGACAGUAUCGCGUGGCAUAAGAGCGGGAUAUUCAAGGAGGGGUGUCCAGCUUUCACUGUCGAGCAGGAGUCUGAGGCUAUGGAGGUUCUUGAACAGAGGGGUGUUGAGAGGUGUAUCAAGGGACUUAACAGGGUUGGGGUGUGUCCUGCGCUACUACAACAGAAUGUGAAUAUCCGGCCCGCGGAGGACUUCCAAAGGAAGAAUGCGUCUUUGGCUAUUGCGCUCGCACAUACUGUCCUGGGGAAAUUGGGCAUUGAAACUAAUCCCAACCAGCAGAGCCUCCCGGCAGAGUUCAUCCAAGGUCUAGAAAGCGUGGUCUGGAGAGGUAGAUGUGAGGCAUUAAGAAGCGGACAGCAACACUGGCAUCUGGACGGCGCACACACAGAAGCAAGUCUGGAAGUAGCGUCGUUGUGGUUUGGAAAGGUAUCACAGGAACAACACAGAGAUAUGCCUCGUGUGCUGGUUUUCAAUCAACAAUCGAAGAGAAGGGAGGCGGCCUUGCUGCUUAAAACUAUCCACCAGACAUUAUCCGACCAUUUCAAUGUGUCUUUUCAGUACGCGCUGUUCUGCACGAACAUGACGUAUAAAGACGCUUCAUAUAGUCCCGACCUCGUCGACAAAAGGACAAAUCCAGACACCAUUCAAAACCUCAGCCUGCAAACAGAAUUAGCGAAUGUCUGGAAGGAUCUAAACCCGGAAACUGAAGUUGUGACGCUGUUGUCUAUCGAGGAGGCCAUCGACUAUAUUAAGAAUAUCAAUGGCGGUGUUGGAGAGAGUCAGGUUUUGGUCACUGGGAGUCUUCAUCUUGUCGGUGGUGCUAUGGCGAUUUUGGAUGGAGGGAGACAAUUUGAAUGA